CCGAAGGAAGGCUUGAAACCACAGGUCCCCGCUGUGCAGAGUGAUGCUUAUUCUGUUCCAUGCCAUGGUCACCCCAUUGCUCUGUGUCAUCCAGGCUGCCCCCCUUCCCAACUCCUAUAUCCUCUUUAACACCACUGAUACUCUCUGGGCUGAGACUCCCCUGAGGGAUUGGGACCUCUUCUCUCCACGUGUCACUCUGUCUAACCAAGCUCCCGAAGAGCCCCCCUUGCUUUUCCUCAUGGAGGACUCCAAUACCCAUCCUGGACAAGCUGCUAAUAGAACAUUCAAAUCCAAACGGUCAUUGGAAGGGUCCCUGCGCCGGGGAGAAAUGUCUGUAUGUGACAGUGUUAAUGUGUGGGUGACAGACAAACGGACAGCUGUGGACAUCCGUGGCAAAACGGUGACAGUGCUGUCUGAGGUCCAGACGCUUACAGGCCCCCUCAGGCAAUAUUUCUUUGAGACCAAGUGUAAUCCAGCUGGCGGAACUGUGGGUGGUUGUCGGGGUGUGGAUCGACGCCAUUGGAUCUCUGAGUGCAAGGCUAAACAGUCUUACGUGAGGGCUCUGACUAUGGAUUCUGACAAGAUUGUUGGUUGGCGCUGGAUCCGGAUUGACACUUCCUGUGUCUGCACCCUACUCACACGCACUGGUCGGACGUAGGAAAAAAGGGCAUAGACCAUGAACUCAUUUUGGCCAAUCAAAGCAUGGCCAGCUCUCUUAAUAUAUUCAGUC